GAAAGCCUAUCACGUUGACUGAUCACAUAAUUUUCCGGAGACAAACGGCUGGUAUGCUACUCGUACUGUAAGACAUCGAUAUAUUAAAACAUGCUACGCAUUUAGACAGACGCCAGUUUGUUGCGGAUCGUGUCUCGCUAGCAACAGUCUGCAGCUUAAAGUCAAGUUUACGGUCAUUCAGGCAUUGGCAGGCUGCGGCGAGGCUGUCCCUAACACACAACGAGCGUAGCGUAAAUGUUUCCCUCGCACCGACUUGUAUGAGGUCAUUCUACAUAUUGUGGAUCUAGUGUAGGCUACAGCUUUCCGCUGGAAUCGCUUUGCUGAACUUCAUGUGCAAUUCCAGUGUUAAAAAGGGCCAAGGCGAAAUGAUGAGAAGAUGCUAACUCGGCUCUCUGUUAUUGCGCAUGAUACUGCGGUUCCAGUGAAACUUCACGCUCCAACUCACCUUGAAACAGGGCUCGCCUGGUACUUUCACAGGAGCGACGGAGGAGAAACCAAUCCACGCCCCAAAACCUCCCACGCUAUCCAAUGGAAAUGUAGCGGAGGCGGAUCCAGUAGCUAAAUUGUCAUGCUUGGUUUCACGUUGGCUUUGCAAGCCAGCUCCGUCAGCCUUCGUCUCGCUGGUGCAGGUGCUCCGUCUCAACGAGAGGAUGCGAACGGAGAGAAGGGGAGGGAAAGAAUGAAGGAAAGAGCAGAGGAAAAAGUGUAUAGGGCAUGAAUAUAAGGGUAUCAGAAGCAGAUCGUGCGUUCACCGUUCAGGGGGGUCGGCUAUGAAAGAUUUAUUGAAAGGCGCAGUUUGAGAUAUGAUGAGGUUUCUUUCUGGUUGGCAAUAGUACUAUGAUUUGGUAUGUGGCCACUUUGAUAGCAAGUGUUGUCAGCACCCGCGGAACGGCAGCUCAAGGUGCCCACGGAAACAGAGAGGAGCCCCAGUUUGUGACGGCGCGCGCUGGAGAGAGCGUGAUCCUGGGAUGUGACGUGGCCCACCCCCUGAACGGCCAGCCCUAUGUGGUGGAGUGGUUCAAGUUUGGAGUUCCCAUCCCCUUCUUCAUCAACUUCCGCUUCUACCCUCCCCAUGUGGACCCAGAGUAUGCUGGUAGAGCCAGCCUGUACGGCAAGUCCUCGCUGCGGAUCGAGCAGGUGCGCUCUGACGACCAGGGCUGGUACGAGUGCAAGGUCCUGAUGCUGGAGCAGCAGUACGACACCUUCCACAAUGGCAGCUGGGUGCACCUCACGGUGAACGCCCCUCCCACUUUCACAGACACGCCCCCACAGUAUGUGGAGGCCAAGGAAGGGGGCAGCAUAACUCUGAGCUGCACUGCCUUUGGGAACCCGAAACCUGUGGUGAGCUGGUUGAGAGAGGGGGAACUACUGGGGAACAGCAGGAAGUACAAGGUGAGCGAUGGAAGUCUGACGGUGAUGUCGAUCAGCCGGGAGGACAGAGGGGCUUACACCUGCCGGGCCUACAGCGUGCAGGGAGAGGCUGUCCACACCACACGCCUGCUUGUCCAAGGACCACCAUUUAUUGUGUCGCCACCGGAGAACAUAACAGUAAACAUAUCCCAGGAUGCAUUCUUCACCUGCCAAGCUGAGGCGUAUCCUGGCAACCUGACAUAUACCUGGUUCUGGGAGGAAGAUAAUGUCUACUUCAAGAAUGAUUUGAAGCGCAGGGUGAGAAUUUUGGUUGACGGGUCACUCAUCAUCUCCCAAGUGAAACCAGAGGAUGCUGGGAAAUACACUUGUAGCCCCAGUAACAGCCUUGGCCGCCCACCGUCUGCUUCAGCAUACCUGACGGUGCAAUAUCCUGCGAGAGUCGUAAACAUGCCGCCAGUCAUCUAUGUGGCCAUUGGCCUGCCAGGAUUCAUUCGGUGCCCUGUGGAUGCCAACCCGCCCGUGACGAUGGUCAAGUGGAGGAAAGAUGGCCUCCCUCUGAGAGUGGAGAAGUACCCUGGUUGGAGCCAAAUGGAAGAUGGGAGCAUUCGUGUGGCGGAGGUGACAGAGGAUUCCCUUGGCACCUACACCUGUGUGCCUUACAACGCCCUGGGUACCAUGGGACAAUCCCCCCCGGCCCCCCUGGUGCUAAAGGAUCCCCCUAAAUUCUCGGUGGUACCGGGAGGAGAAUACCGGCAGGAGGCAGGGAGAGAGCUGGUGAUCCCUUGUGAGGCGGAGGGAGACCCAUUUCCAAACAUCACAUGGAGAAAGGCAGGAAAGCCCAGCAGGAGCAAGCACAACGUCCUACCGAGAGGCAGCUUACAGUUCAAAUCCCUCAGCAAGGAGGACCAUGGGGAGUGGGAGUGUGUCGCUACCAACGUGGCCACAAGCAUCACUGCCAGCACGCACCUCCUUGUGAUCGGCACAAGCCCACACCCCCCAACCAAUGUCCAUGUUUCGGCCUCGACGACCUUGGCGAAUGUCUCCUGGGAGCCUGGAUAUGAUGGCGGAUAUGAACAGACAUUCUCAGUCUGGUACGGCCAUGUGGUGAAGAGGGCACAGCUGGGGCCCCACGACUGGCUCUCCACGCCCGUGACUGGCACUCAGAACUGGCUGCUGGUGCAGGGGCUGGAGCCCGAGACGGCGUACCAGUUCAGCGUCCUGGCUCAGAACAAGCUGGGCACAGGGCCUUUCAGUGAGGUCGUCACUGUGAACACGCUAGUAUUUCCUAUAAGUACCCCUGAACCAUUGGUGCUGCUUACCCCACCGAGGUGCCUCACAGCCAAUCGGACACAGCAGGGAGUCCUAUUGACAUGGAUCCCUCCAGCCAAUCACACGUCGCCAAUCGAUCGCUACAUCAUGGAGUUCCGCCUCGGGGAGAGGUGGGACGUCCUGGACGACGCCAUCGCAGCUGGAGAGACGGAGCUGCUGGCGAGAGACCUGGUCCAGGACUCUUGGUAUGAGUUUCGUGUAAUGGCCGUGAUGGAGGACCUGACAAGUGAGCCCAGUAACGUAGUGGGAGUCUCGAGUACAGAUUUUUUUCCUCCCCCAGACAUAGUGGACGAGGGUCUGGCGAGGCCCGUGGUGGCUGGCAUCGUGGCCACCAUCUGCUUCCUGGCGGCCGCCAUCCUGUUCAGCACGCUGGCAGCCUGCUUUGUCAACAAGCAGCGCCGCCGCAAGCUCAAGAGAAGGCGAGAUCCCCCUCUUUCGAUCACACACUGCAGAAAAAGCGUUGAGACUCCGACCUCAGAGACAUUGACCGAAAAGCAGUGGUUGAAAAGUGGUGCAUUAUCGCAUUACAAACAGUACAUGACUCCUCUUACCCCCUUGCCUGGUAUUGAGCCCUACUGGGAGGGGCCAGAAGGGAGCAGCUACAGGCCCCCACCCGCCAGUCCUCAGUCCUCUGGGAAAGUGAGCCCUGAGAGCAUCCGCUCCCUCGGACCCCCAUCCGAGUCUUCAGAAGAUGGGCGGGGCCCGCCUGCGAAGAAGGUUCCUCAGAGCCCUGGCAAGGAAAAGGAGCUGUCCCUCUAUAAGAAGACCAAGAGGGCCAUAAUAAGCAAGAAGUACAGCGUGUCCAAACAUGAAGCAGAGGCCACCACACCCAUUGAGCUGAUCAGCCGAGGCCCCGAUGGCCGCUUUGUUAUGGACCCCUCCGAAAUGGAGACCUCUGUCAAGCUGCGGCGCAUCGAGGGCUUCCCCUUCGUGGAGGAGUCCGACCUGUACCCUGAGUUCCGUCAGUCGGAUGAAGAGAAUGAUGAUCCCGGGCCCAUGCCCCCUGUAAUGGCUACGCUCAGGCCCCAACAGAUCUCCCCAAUUUCCUCCAGCCAGGAAUCCUACAUGCAGCCCCCAGCCUACAGUCCCCGGUUCCACAGACCCAUGGAAGGUAUGACCAUCAUGGAGAGCAGUCGGCUUCAAGCUACAGGGCAAAUCAGAGCCCCGCCGCACCACAGGAUCUAUACCCAUAGCCAGUACUACGGCUACCUUGGCAGCCCCGGGGAUCCUGACCCCCUGCCUCCCUUCUACAUGCCUGAAACCAGCCCGCUUAGCUCUGUUAUGUCCUCACCCCCUUACCUUCCCAUUGAGGGGCCCUUUGGUCACCCCACCAUCCCAGAAGAGAUGGGGGAAGGGGAGAUCCAGCACUAUGCUUCCUCUGGCAGCACCCUCCCCUUGACGCACGUUCCUUCCUCCCACUCUCCGGACAUCUGGCAACACCCUGAUUUUUCUUUCUCCGGUCUGGAGGGGCCCCACUUCAUCCUCCCGCCUCAUCACCCUUUGUAUCUUCACCGAGACCCUACCAUGCCUCCUCCCCACUUCUUUCCACCCAGCAGCCUCCAGCCCUCCUCCCUCCAGGUCACCUCUUACCCUGGCAUCCUGCCAUUGGAGGCCCCAAAGAGCCGCCCGGGCAAGUCUCCCAGCAAGGUUAAGCCUCAGGGCCCUCCAGCCAAGCGUUUAACUAUGCAAGGGGCACAGAGUUUAGGGCAGCUAAGACACACGAGCCACGGUAUGGGUGUACCGGUAUUGCCUUACCCUGACCCGGCAGCCUACAUUGGCAGCCCAAGCACACUUGGUAGCCUGGACACACGCUGGUACGAUCCUGGGCCCCGACUCAGUCCCAGGGCCCCUCGCAGAAUGGAGCCCAGCAUGCACCAGGUGGUCCUCCAGCCAUCACGACUCUCCCCGCUGACCCAGAGCCCCUUGAGCUCUCACGAGGGCUCCCCGGAGAUUGUAGUCCGGCCCCGGCCCCGCCCCGGCAUUGUCCAGCCCUCCAUACCUCCGGAGUUGUCUGAGAUCACCCUGCAGCCCCCAGCUGCGGCCAGCUUCUCCCGGAGGUCGUCUCCCUCUUCCUCGCCCGCCCAGGGCCAGGGUAGCAGGCGGGCAAGCCCCAGCUACCGCUCCCACAUGGCCUUUGCCACCACCGCCACAAGCUAUCCAUCCCAAUCCCCAUCACCCCCCAUGGAAAGCAGCGACGUUUUUGGGCAGAUGCCAUCCCAGAGGAGGACAGACGAGGAGAUGCUUCCAUCAGAGCCCUCUCCACCUCAGUUGUCAGCUUCUGGAAAACGUCUAGGUGCAUCGAGUGCCACUGCAGGGUCUGAGAGGAUGGACGCACUGAGAUAUCAACGCAUAAAAAAAGCCAAGAAGGUUGUCAUCAACAACAACAAUUCUAAAUCUAGAAGAAAAACAGGUGUGGCCCCCUCUCAGACCCAGCAGCUCCACGCCUCUCAGGUACUCCAGCCCGAAGAAGCUCUCUACCUCCGCAAGAAGAAGAAAAGGCCGGCCAGACAGGACCCGUACGCCCGCUUCUCCGCUCUGCUGUACCGCCGCCCGCCCCGGGAGGACCAGAAAGCCAUUCUGGCCAGCAUGGAUACAGGGGACCCAGACCACGCCACGCUUCUCUGAGACCGCCCAGCUAAAACCAUGUCUCUACCCCUUUCCAUCUCACCUUGCAACCUUCUCCACUGAAUAUCACCUGAUUUGGCCCAGCAAAUCACUGAUUGCCAUCCGCAUCCAGAACCAAUGGUUUUACCCUUUGGGGUUGUACUGUUGUUGUUUUAUUAAUUGAAUGAAGAGUGCUUUAUUCAUUUUUUUUUCCAAAGUUUUACUCCAGUGCAAAACAAAACAGAAAAUUAGAGGGGAAGGCGUAGCUUUCAAAAGGUUGCCUAAUUUACAAGGGACCAGAUCACUAGGAAUGUAUAAGAUUUAGAUGGUAAAACGUUUAUUUUAAUGUUUAGUCAUUUAAAAAUGUAUGUCAAACCUUUUUCAAAAAUCUAUUACAGUAUUAUUAUGACAUUUUGUUGAGAAACUUUGCUCAGUGUUCCUGCAACUUAACAGACCAUCAAAAGAUUUUGCAACCUAAAGUCUAGUGGGUCACAGUCGUUUACAGCAACCAAUCACACUGCUCACAUUCCGUCAUAUGCUUUAGUCUGCCGGUGUUCCCUUCCUUAGGGACAGUCACCUCAUUUGUAGAACACAGGGUUUUUGCUUCUACAAUAUAUACCUCAGAAUACUGAACAGUUUACCACAGACAAGGGUUUAGUAACAACACAUGGACUUACACCUUCCCUUAGACAGAUUUAUUUGUAUUUCUAUUUAAAGCAGAAUUCUUUAUUUAAUCUGUUAAUUAACAGUUAACGAUGUUAACAACAACAGUUAACAUUGAACUUUUCACAGUAAGCUGUUAUCAUGUUCCUGUAGAUAAUUUGCUGUGUUGAUUUUCCACUUAAACACACAAGAUUCCUGUAAAAUAGCAAAAGCAUGUUUUGUAAAAUUCACACUUCAGUCAUAGGCGGGGUGUCCUUGGUUCUCUUCUUUCACUAUUCGUGGACCAUGAUAAAUUCUUAAACCUUAGUUAAAAUUUCAGAAGCACCACUUGGUUCCUUUGAAUGUUUCAUAUUGUCAAACCACAGGAAAGGCUUUCUAAUGUAAAGCACAAUCAGAGAUGCGCCUGUUUUGAACAGAGGGUUGUUUUCUUCGCUGCAGCCAAACACAAAUGUAACCCUAAAUAGAAUGUCAAAUAUAAAGGGAGAUUUUAUAUUUGUAGAUUUAAAAAAAUACUUGUUGAGCAUUUAAGUGCUAUCAUUAUAACCGACGCCUUUUCAUGUGUGUUUUCACUAUUAGGUUUUGGCUUAUUCUCUUCUGAAAAAGCCAAAAAAAGAAAAACAAAAUUGCACUGGAGCAAAAUCUUGGUUAUGGUGCUCAGUGGCUAUAUACAUUUGUCGUCACAUUUUAUUCAUAUUCCUUGCACUCUUGCCAGUAUGUUUGGUUUAGAGGGCUCCUAUCCCUAGACACAAAAAGUACUAUAGUAAUGCCAAAAAUACUACCACUUCCUUAAUCAAUAAAAACAACACAUGUACUGUACUGUGAGGAGGAUAGGAUUUUGUGCCAUAAGAUACUAUAGUAUUUUUUAUUUCAUGUUGGGGAGAGCUCUAACUUAAAUAUAUAGAAGGCUUCUUAUGGGCCUCUCUGGGGCUCAUAAUGCAUCUAGUUGCCUGUUUUUUAUUUUUAUUUGUAAAACUAAAUUAACUGUCUUUGUUGGCCAUAUUUGUAGCCUUGACAUCCAUUGGGUCAUAUAAGUUGUUGCUGUUUGUUGUUACUUUGUGUAGUUGCCCAGCUGUGGCCUACAGGCACCUCCAAAGUCCUCACGUCUGCAUUCUGUACCAUGAAGAGGCCUCAAACUCACUGAUGGGACAAACACAAUUGUGGGAUAGCGGGGCUACAAGAGGCCAUCUAUUGCAGCUGAAGUGUUUAUUUUAGAUUCUCAACAUCAAAGGGUGCUUAAUCUGUACAUGUUUGUGUGUAUUCUCCAGUAGGAAUGGACAUGGACUGGUCUGGACUGAACCAUUGCGUAUUUGCUGCAGUGGGGCGGUGGUGGUAAUGCUGCAUGGGGGUUCUGCUGUCACAACCCAUUGCCGCAGGCGUCCGCCUCCCCCACUCACAGAAGUCAACCUGACCAGAGGUGUGUUUGUACCAAGGUUUUUCUGGUCUGAUACUAUGACUCCUGUGGGAUGUCAUGAGUACAGUCCUGUUGACCUAUUUGUGACCAUCCAUUUCUCAGAUGAGAGCAAUUCAGUCUAGCAAAUGUUUGCAUCAUCAUGUGGUCAGAGCCAUCACACCCCUGUAUCUCAGUAUACACAGCUGGGCUGAAGUUAAAGCUGGCCCUGAGAGAUACCAAAAGAAGCCAAGACCUAAACUUGGCUGGAGUGAGUGUCAAUAGGGCGGGUUCCUCCCAGUCCGUUUCUCCUUCCUGGGCAGGGGUCGCAUCCCAGAUCAGUGAUCUUUGUUCCUGCUUCUGGCUGUGUUGCUUUUCUCAUUGCACACAGUGUGUACUUUUCCCUGACUGUUUGAAGCUGCCCAUGUGACAGACCUGGGCCAGUCACAGAAAUGUGCAUACAUAGUAUGCAAAAAGAAGAGCAGCACAACCAAUGUUAGGUCACAUGAACGGAGCCAGAAGUCCAUCACUGACUCUCAGGCUGGUCAGUAGUGCACUAAAAUGUGUAAAUGGCAUCAGAAUGUGCGAUUAAAUUCUGCCUAAGGAACUGGUAAAUACAACCAAACAAACCAAAAUCAACUCAUGGGAAUCAUCAUUAAAUUAUAUAUAGUCAGUAGACAAUGACCUUAAUUGCAAUGGUUUAACAAGUGGCUCUACUUCUCCCAAAAUGAGCAUUUCUAUGUGAAAUGUGCAACAGAUUGGUUAGUAGCUGAACUGGAGACCACUUCCCUGGACAAAGGUUCUAAAAACUACCUUUCUGUUGCAAAUGUGUAGAAAGCUUUGAGACUCAUAAUUUAAAAUUUUCAAAUCCAGGGCACUACAUUAAGGGGCCGUGAUCAAAUUGCCAUUAAAUGAAACAGUGACUCAACAGUAUUUGUGAUUUAAGGUCUGAUUUAAGGUCUGUCUGCUGCAAGCUUUUUAACACCCACUGCACAACAUCUCUCAAGGCUCAAAUUGGUGCUUUUCCACAACAGUGAUUUUUCUAAACAUUUCAUUUAUUACUGGUGCGAUCUAAUGUUGAUUAUUUGACAUAGAUGUUGUAAUAUUAUGAUUAUACAUGGGCAGCAGGGCGAUGUCAGGAUAGUGUGAGCGUUUGACCCGCUCGGAGGACUCUGAGGCUGUAGGGCUGAGAUGUGUGUGGUUGCUGGGCCACUGGUGGCAUGUUACGCUCUUACUGCUGGGCACACUAAAUACAUUAUGUAGUUGUGGAACGAUGGUUACCUUAGGUCACUAAAGGCUGGGAAGUCUCUUGAAACUUUAAUUAAGUCCCUUCAUAUUAUCCAUGUCUUAGUUUCAUUUUAAUGGACUAAGUAGCUUGAAUGAAACAAAAAUACACAUUUGCAAAUCGUUCACAUGCUGCAGAAAGUCAAUGACUAACAUCUGGCCUGGCACUUGAUGUGGCGGAAGACAAAAUUUUGUUCUUUUAGUGAUAAAUGACACACCCCUAAGCUUUUGUCAAGGCAGUGUGCUCCUGAAAUUAAUAUCAUGUAGGCUUCAAAGGAUAAAGGGUUGAAGAGGUUACAUUUGUGUAGUUGGCAGGAAUCUUUAGUCACAGUUUGAAGCUUCCACUUUAAAUAUAUUUCAAGAACACUAAAAAUACUUUUUUUUUCUGUCGUUUUAGCCAAGGAAAUUUAAAGUGGAAGGUGCAGAAGUAUUUGUAGUCCACUUCUUGGUGGUUUAUUUAUUUUUUAAAAUGUGACAUCAAAGGAGGUGCUAUGUAUACACAUUAACAUUUUGUAGCAACAAAAAAGUACUUUGAACUCGAUCUGUUUACAUGGUUGUGAUAAUUUUCAUUUCAUACAGAUUUUGUUUAACUGGAGGAUGGGUGAGGAGUCUUUAUUCCUUCCCCUAAACUUACUGUGUGUGCAGACAUUUUGGCUAAGCAUAGGAUAACAGCAUGUUGACAUGGAGAAAUAAGGACAGCAGCAUUUUAUAAUGGAGGAAUAGUAUGGACAGAUUCAGUCUAGCUAAAAUAUAAUUUUCCCUUAAAUAAACUCAUUUAAACAGG